AUGGUUUCGAUUCUCCUGAGCAGAGCCGGCUACCCGUGGACCUUCGUUGUCACCCACAACGACGCCCAGAACCAGCUCUUCGACACGUUCCCUGUUAUGCUCUCGAACGCCCUGAACAUUACCCAGUCGUCUAUCAAGACGUACGGUCUCAAGGUCUACGAGCCGGUCGGCUGGGACGGUAACAGCGCGACUCUUGGCACGCAGUGGAUUGGUUACGUCCCCUCGGACCAGUACCCGACCCUGCAGUCCUACAUUGCCACUCCAUCCUCGCCCCUUUACAACCAGCCUGGUCUCUCUGGACAGCUCGCUACCCAGAUUGACUCGACGUACCCGAUUGACAGCGCCUCUAACGCCAAGUCCAACCCUGCUGGCAGCUCUGCCGAGCAGAAGAAGGCCAGCUCCAAGAAGCGUGACAUCAUCAUCGGUGUCUGCGUGGGUGUUGGUGGCCUGCUCUGGAUUCUCGUCGUCGUCUGGAUCUACAAGCGCGUCAAGCGUGCAAAUGAGCGUGCUGUUAACAAGCGCCUCUCCGAGCACAUGUCCAUGUUCUCUGGCCGCUCGGGCGACAACCCCUUCAGCGACGACCGCCGUCACUCUGGUGCCCCGUCCAUUGCGGCCUCGGAGAUUGACGACCGUCCAUCGUCGUUCUACGCCUCGCCCCUCGACAACUACCCGGCCAUGCGCCACCGCCAGGUCGAGUCGUUCUACACCGACCAGGCAGGUGUGGGAGACACGUCGCCUACCCAGGCCUCGUAUGUUCACUCUGUGUUCGGAACGUCCUGGUUCCAGAACUAUGGAGCGACUACUCAGGCGGGUGGCACGGCUGUGGCCGCUACUCGCAUGAGCCAGAACCCCUUCGACGACAUGUACUCUCGCACGUCGCCAACUUCGCCUCGUAUGUCUCAGCGCCCUCAGCGUCGGUCUGUGCAGAAGGCCAUGAUCUCGCAACCGACGCUCCAGGCCAACUCUCUCGAGUUCAACGAGUACCGCUAG